GCACGUCAACAGCAAAUGAUCUUUGUCCAACAUUAUUGAUAAAGGAAACAAACAUCUCAUAUAUGAACUGUUCUGUAGUAUUCCUCCAAUAAUCAACUAAGAGAAUCUUAACCAUCUAAUCUUCUCCAUAUUACAAUUUGGAUGAGGAUUACAUGAUACAUGAAACUUAAGUAUCGAAAAAGUGAAAUAAUUUUCGUUCAUCAAAAUGGAUCUUCGAGUAAGGAUAGUUAUUUUGUCUAUUAAUUUCAUUAUUUGUACAGUUGUGAGUGAGGAAAAAGUGGAUAAUAGUGAUUCUAAAAUGAGGACCAGAAGUUCUAAAUACAGUAUUGAAGAACUGCUCAGCAAACAGUUUCCUCGUAAAGUUUCUAAUGAUAUUUUCAUGGAUCCAUGUAAAGCUGGUGAAUUCUUAGGGGACAUAGCACUCUCAGAUGAAGACUACAAAAAAUUCAUGAAAGAUCCAAAUUUUCAGAAAGAAUUAGAAAAAUACAAACAAGAAGUUUUGGAAGGACUUCAAAUCGAGGAAGAAGGACUGACGGAUCUUCUGAGGAAAAAGACUAAACAUCCUUCGACCUACGAAGAUUCAGUGAGCCUUAAUGAUCCACUUGAAGUUAAUCAGGAAUUUGGAAGUAAAAACAAUGGAAAAAAUGGACAAAUGCUCAAAUCCGGAUACAACCACCCUUCCUUUUCGUCAAAAGCCAGAACCGAUACUAGACAUGAUGUCGCCGUAUCAAAAAACAUCUCCAUCGACGAAGAUAUUUCAGAAACCAAAACAUUUAAAGGAAAGUCGCAGGAAAAUUUUCAGAAGCGAGUGAAGAGACAUCACCGAAAGAGAAGAAACAUAAAGUAUGAUGGUGCCAAACAGCAGAAAUUAGAGUCUUCACUACCUAUUCACGAUUUCGUCAUAAAUUUCGAUAUGAAAAGAAAAAAACAAUACUCCCCUGUUCUGAAGAAAAUGGAGCAGGACAGUUCGUUCCGACGUAGAGUGACCAGGGCAGCUACCGCAAGAAAGGAGAGAGUUUGGGACUACGGAGUGAUUCCAUACGAAAUAGACGGGAAUUUCAGCGGUGCACACAAGGCAUUGUUCAAGCAGGCCAUGAGACACUGGGAAAACUUUACUUGUGUUAAGUUUGUCGAGAGGAACAAAGACGACCAUCCGAACUACAUAGUUUUCACACAAAGACCUUGCGGGUGUUGUUCCUUCGUAGGAAAGAGAGGCAACGGAGGCCAAGCUAUAAGUAUAGGAAAGAAUUGUGAUAAAUUUGGUAUUGUUGUUCACGAGUUGGGGCAUGUUGUUGGUUUCUGGCACGAGCAUACGAGACCUGACAGAGACAGCCAUGUGAUCAUUAUCAGGGAUAAUAUUGUGAAUGGUCAGGAAUAUAACUUCAAUAAACUGAGCGAAGAAGAAGUGAAUUCGCUAGGCUUGACAUACGAUUAUGAUUCCAUUAUGCAUUACGCUCGGAAUACGUUCUCGAAAGGAACAUAUUUGGACACCAUCCAGCCCAUAGAUGUGGUCGGUGUCAAAAGACCAGAAAUUGGCCAGCGGAUCCGUCUUAGUCAAGGUGACAUCGCACAAACCAAUCUUCUUUAUAAAUGUCCAAAAUGUGGUCGAACCUACCAAACAAAUUCCGCAACAUUCUCAGCGCCCACCUAUCCUCAUGGGGUCGUGCCUUCGGAAGAAAAAUGCGAGUGGCGAAUAACGGCAACCCAUGGUGAAAAGAUUGUGUUAAAUAUCUCAGAUUUGGACAUCGAAAAGUCCAAAGACUGCAGUACAAGCUAUAUCGAAAUACGAGAUGGUUAUUGGCACAAAUCUCCCAAGCUUGGAAAAUUCUGCGGGAUCGGCAGGUUAGAUCCCAUCGUUUCCACUGGAAGUCGAAUGCUAAUUACUUAUGUUGCUAAAAAUCCGUCUGGCCACAGAGGAUUCACUGCCAGCUUCGAAGCUAUUUGCGGUGGCGAUUUAACGAUCAAUACGGAGGGGCAUUUAGAAUCCCCAAAUUUCCCCGAAGAAUACCACCCCAACAAAGAGUGCGUCUGGAGGAUAACGGUGCCAAAAAAUUAUCAAGUCGCUCUCAGGUUUCAAUCUUUCGAAGUGGAAAAUCAUGAUGGCUGUGUUUACGACUACGUCGAAAUCAGGGAUGGAUUCAGCAAGGAUAGCCCCAUAUUGGGAGUGUAUUGCGGACAUAAAAUACCAUCUGAUAUUAUUUCAACUUCGAAUAUUUUGAUGGUGAAAUUUGUUUCUGAUGGGUCUGUACAGAAAGGGGGAUUCUCUGCGAUCAUUAUGAGAGAAAAUGAUGAAUGUGCAGGAACUGAUCACGGUUGUGAACAGGACUGUAUCAACACAUUAGGAGGUUACGAGUGUAAUUGUAAAAUUGGAUACGAAUUACAUUCCGAUGGAAAAAAUUGUGAGGAUGCGUGUGGGGGCAUCUUCAAUACGACCCAAGGUACAAUAACUUCUCCAUCAUUUCCCGAACUAUAUCCCCUAAACAAGGUCUGCGUGUGGGAAAUUGAGGCUCAACCGCAUUAUCGAAUUACCUUAAACUUUACCCAUUUCGAUUUGGAGGGUAACAAUGUACAUCAUUUGCAACACCAGCAGUGCGAUUACGAUAGAAUCGAAGUUUACAGCAAAUUCAGCGAAACUUCUCUGAAGAAACAUGGCACUUUCUGUGGAUCUAAACCGCCUAAACAGAUCAUUUCAGAAGGAAAUAUUAUGAGAAUAAUUUUUUCGUCUGAUGCCAGCAUACAGAGGUCCGGAUUUUCAGCCAUUUAUUUCACUGAUAAAGAUGAGUGCUCAUCAAACAACGGUGGCUGCCAACAUGAAUGCAUCAACACUAUUGGAUCUUACAUAUGCACGUGCCAUAGUGGUUUUACCAUAGAUGAAAAUGGUCGUGACUGCAAAGAAGGAGGAUGUAAAUACGAAAUUAAUAUACCCCAGGGUGGAUUCGGCAGUCCCAACUACCCUGAUAAUUAUCCUAGCAGAAAGGAUUGCGUAUGGCAUUUCAUCACAACCCCUGGUCAUAGAAUACGUAUUUCUUUCCUCACCUUCGAAAUCGAACCUCACCAUGAGUGCUCUUACGAUUUCGUUGAAUUUUUCGAUGGCAUGAAUACCAACGCCUCAUCAUUGGGAAAAUUCUGUGGCUCAAAACUUCCCGGUCUAAUCAUGGCGUCUGGAAACCAGCUGUAUAUGGCGUUCAAAUCCGAUGCAUCAGUGCAGAAGAAAGGAUUCUGGGCCACGCAUGCAGCGCUAUGCGGGGGAAUGCUGCAGGCUACAAAGGACAAAAAUCAUAUUUAUUCUCAUGCGAAAUUCGGUAGCGCGAAUUAUGACAACAAGGCUAACUGCGACUGGACUAUAGAAGCUCCACCUGGAUUUAACGUUCAGCUUUCUUUUUUGACAUUCGAACUGGAAGAUGAGAAGAAUUGCGAAUAUGAUCACGUAGAGAUAUUCAACGGGCCAGACUCGAGUGGACAAUCUUAUGGAAAAUACUGCGGUACAAACAAACCAGCCAUUAUAUUCUCCACACACGAAGGAUUACUGUUGAGAUUCAAGUCGGAUGACACUCUGGUUGCGAAAGGAUUCAGCGUCGUGUACGAAGCGGUGGACAAAGGUUAUACCACGGAAGAAGAAGAAGAAAUGUGAAAUAUGUCUUACAUUCACAUACUUUUGCUUAUAAACAGAGGAGUUUUUUCUGAGAAAUUGGAUACUGAAGUUAGAAAACAUCGUGAUGUAGUUCAGUUUUUCUGAAUGAUGUUCAAAUUGCUAAUUGAUAAGAAAUUUGUGUACUUAUAACUUUACUAGCCUCUUGACAUUUAUUUAAUUAGCCACAUUUCACAACAGCUGAUCAAUAUCCAUUAUUUCCUCUUACAUUUCAUUCGAUGAAAUGCCGAUUACAAAUAAUAUCAUUUCAAAUCCCAAAAAUGUAUAUUGAAUGAGAAAAUCUUCUCUUCAAUGGUGAUUUUUCGUAUUUUUUGUAUUAAUUAAAUAACUGCAGUUUUUAAGACUCUUUUUUGAUGGAGUUUAUGUAUUUCUGAGAAAUAUGAUGAACUCUUUUCAUAAACGCUCAAAUGACAUACUAUACCUACUGCUUAUUUUCUGUCAUAUGUAUCAUUAAGGAGAUCCUAAAAUGUUUGUAUUAAAUCAUGAACGGUUUAUAUUCUUUAGAGUUCUACUCAUUAUUGUCAUAUAAUAUAUAAGCAAUGCCACAAGUUGAAAUAUUGCUUUGUGGAGCAAUUACACCAAGUUGAUAAAAACGGUACCAGGAAAAGUUCAUAAUAUACUGCCAGUAUAAACAAGAUAGUUGAACGAAUAAAUUCACGAAAUACUUAGUAAAAUAUGAGAAUGGGUAGAGCAAAAUUAAUCGAAAAUAACUCAGUAGAUACUCGAAAUCACGUUGUUAUAGACGUGGUAGUUUGAAGGCAACAAAUUCGAAGAAUUUAUAGGAAAUUAUUUUUUAAUUUAUCUAGCUCUCGCAUGGUAUUCGCAAAUAGAUUUUUGACAUUUCUUAUAGGCAAAGACUGAAUAUGGUUGAAUUAACGGUAAUACAUAUCUCAUAAUAUCAGCUUUGUCUCGUAAUUUGCAAAGUUUUUAAUCAGCCCAUAUUCUUAUUAUUCUCAACACUUUUUUCAGUUUUCAAAUCUUUAUUCUCCAAAAGUACUCAUUGUUUCGUAGUUUUUUUAUUCUCUAUCCAAUCAUUCUUGCUUUCAUCUUAUAGUCACUGCAAUAAUAUUCUGAAUAUCGGUUUCGGUAUUUUAAUUCCUGUUUCUCGUUUUCAUUUAUUACAGUCAGAAUCGUGUUUCCCUCUAUACCUAAAGCUCAAAUAUUAUUCGAGUGAAAUUUUUUUAAAUUAUAUUUCCGCUAUAAUAUGCGUUUGAAUUCUUGCAACAUAUAGAUGAUAAAUGACAUAUGAAGUGUGUAUUUGUUGCUACAAGUGACGAAAAUGGAUUUUUUUUAUACAUGUUUUUCUAGUCUAUGUAUGUAAUAAUGAUCGAUUUAGUGAUCGGUAUGUAGAUCGAGUGAUAGUUUUUGUAAAUUAAUUUUAUGAAAAUUCAAUAAAAAAUAUGAGUGGUAGUUUCA